AAAACAUAUUUCCUAGUUUCCUUCGCAGAAAGACCUCAAAACGGUUCUAGUCUUCCUUCUCCAUGUCCAUUGUUUCUUCUUUUAAAUUCAUAAGUAUUUUCUACACUUUUUACCCUUCAACUUUUUCCAACAACCCUUCCAACAAAGAAGCCUAUAUGAAUAAUAGAGACCAAACAUCAAAACCAUAUAGAUCAAUCUAAUAUCAUUUCUCUCUUCAACAAAAUCAAUAUCCAAAAAGAUCACAACAAAUCUUUCAACUCUUGAUCCAUGGAUCAAAUUGUAGAUUGGUCUCAGCUCCCUACAGAGCUAUGGCCAAAGAUAGGAAAAUAUCUUGAUAAUCACAUACAUGUCCUUAGAUUUCGCAGCGUUUGCAAACUAUUUCGAUCUUCCUUUCCUCCUUCUCUUCCAAAUUCUCCAUCUUUUCCUUUACAAAUACCUCACCCCAUCAACAUCUCCCUAAACACCUAUCUCUACCAAUCAACGGUUUAUCUUAUUGAACUAACUGAUGCAAGUUCCAACUCCAACUUAGCACCUUCUUCUUCUUCCUCUUCUUCCAAAGGUUGGUUGAUUAAGGUACAAGAAUCAAAGAAUCAACCUUUGAGUUUGUUGAGUCCUAUCUCCGAUCGAAAAUUAUCCUACCCUCUAACCAUUAACAACACUUCUCUUAUGCCAUUGAACUUGUUAAACUAUAGAGUCAUUGAAAUAUGCAAAUCAUAUACAAUUGAAAAGACUACACGUUUCUUAAGUUCUGUGGGCAAAGUUGUGUUCUAUCCUAACACUCCUUGGAGCAACGUUGAGGACUGUGUUUAUUGUUGUAUAUUUGAAGAAGGUAAAUUAGGAUUAAUGAAACACGGAGAUCAAAACUGGAAACUUGUGGAUGACAAGAAUUUCUACUAUGAGGAUGUUAUUGUGUUCAAGGGUCAGUUUUAUGUUACUGAUAGAUGGGGAACUAUUUCAUGGAUUGAUAUUUCUUCCUCGAAAUUGAUCCAAUUUUCAUCUCCUUUGUGUGGUUUUGGAAACAAGAAGCAUUUGGUGGAAUCUUGUGGGAGUCUUUAUGUUGUUGAUAGAUACUAUGAUUGUGAGGACAUGAGAAGGAACUAUGUUGCAAGAAACCAUGAUCCAACCGAUGUUGUGAAAUGUUUCAAAGUUUAUAAGUUGGAUGAAGAAUGGGGAAAAUGGGUUGAUGUGAAAAACUUGAGUGAUAGAGCUUUCAUUUUGGGCCAAAGUUGUAACUUUUCUGUUUCAACUAAAGAGUUAAUUGGAUACGAAGGGAACUGCAUCUAUUUUAGGGAUAGUUUUGAUGUUCUAAUGUAUAAUUUGGAAGAUCAUAAAAUCACUAUAGUUGAUUUUAAUCCUUGCAUUGACAAGACAUUGUGGUGUCAUGCACCUUGGCUGAGAUGUUAGAGGACAUAACAUGUCUAGCCAUUGAGUUUCAAAGGCACACUCAUCUACGGAUGAUCUUAGUACCAUUAUCUUGGGUGGUUUUGAUGCUAAUGUCAGCGGUGUUCGGCUGAGUCAGUAAAGAUCUCUGAUUAAAUAAUUUCUGCUGAUGACGUCUAUAAAAGAAGUUAUAUCAAGUCUCAUCAUAUAGAAGAAAUCAAAUCCCAGUUGAAGUGUUGAAUCAAUGGUGAAUUGAAUUUUCAAUAUUGUAAAAGAGAGGAAGUGUAAAAGUUUGUUUGAUCUUGUGUCUUGAGUGAUCAGUAUCUUAUAUAAGUAUAAGAGUAUCUCCUAAGAUAUUAAGCCAACUCACACAAAACACACAUCAAGAUGUUUUAGAAGCAUUCAUGCUUUUAUAAAAUCACCAAAAACAAUAUUUCACACGAUUAGUUAGGUGGUUACUAGCUUGAACAACCCCUUAAGAGUGUAGUUUAAAUUUACACUAGAUUAUCAAUUAACAUACUAGUGUUAAUCGAUUAUUUCUUUUGUAACGACUCAUAAUUGAUUAUCAGGGCUUCUAAUCGAUUAUUGACAAUGAAUUUGAAAUCUUUUCAUAUUUGAACUACAUAAUCGUUAGAUGACGGGCAUAAUCGAUUAUGAGCAUUAAAAAGCCCAUGGAUCGUUUUCCUUUGAGCUAUAAUUUUUUCUAUAUAAAUGAGGUUUCUCCUCAUUUCAAAUCACACCAUAACUUGAAUUUCUACUA